UCAUGAUCAUCGUGAGCAUCCCAAAAAACGUCCACAGUGAAGUGUAAAAGAAAAGCAUAACAGACAUGAAGUUAUUCGGAAUAAUAGUCCUUGUUGCUCUGUUGAUGGUAGCCUCUGUUACAAUGCCAGUUGCUGCCUAUGGAAAAUAUGGAAAAUAUGGAAAAUACGGAAAAUAUGGCAAAGGUUAUAAAGGGUAUGGAGGAAAAUAUGGUGGAAGGUACCAUGGUGGUAAAUAUGGUGGUAAAUAUGGCGGUAAAUAUGGUUACCCUGGUGGAAGUUACCGAUAUAGAGGAUGAGGUUGAUACUUUCAAGACAGAAAUCUUGUCUGCGUUUUGGAAAUGAAUAAAAUUAUCAUUUAUUUUCA